AUGUCGGCAAUUUUGGAAUACGCCUCUAGGCCCGAGUUCACAGUGACUGUCAGCAUCGGCAUUUUGUACCUCCUUCUGCAAUUCAUUUUCAGAGAAGACGGGCCUUACCCGGAUUUCCCCCUAAUAGGGAAAGCACCAAAAGACUGGUUCUACACGAAAACUCGGAAAAGAUGGGACAACGAGGCACUCGACAUCUUGAAGGAAGGCACGGCAAAACUCAACGGACGCCCUUUCCAAGUUUUGAGUAACUUUGGCCCAUCCAUUGUGCUCGCCAAGGAAUUUGCCAACGAGAUUCGGAGUGACCCCCGGCUGUCAUUCCGCGGGUUCAUUGAGCGGCAAGGCAUGGUUCAGUACCCAGGCCUUGACUUCCUCCACACAGGGCUCGAAGGCGACAUCAUCCAAGACACGGUCAGGAAGAAUCUUACGCAGGCAUUGGGUGGGAUGACCGAGUCGUUGUCCAAGGAAUGUGCUUCAGUAGUUGACGAAAGUCUUCCGGCCGCUAAAGACUGGAAGCAUACAAAGUUCAUCAUGGGAGCAACGAACAUAGCCGCCCGACUGUCGGCACUCGUCUUCUUGGGUGAGAGGCUCUGCCACAGCCAGGAGUGGAUCGAAAUCUCCAUACGCUUUACGAUCGUGAUGAUGAGAGCCCAAGAGCGCCUACGCACUUGGCCUGUGUUCACGAGACAUGUCGUACACUGGUUUCUCCCCGAGAUGAUCUAUCUGCGCAAGCUUGUGCGCGACUCGAAGAAGAUAAUCGAGCCCGAGCUGGCUGCUCGCCGGGCAGCACGGCGUGAUGUCAAGAAACCACAGGAUUCUCUGUCGUGGCUGGACGACGUGCGAGGAGACCGGUCUUUUGAUGUGGUCUGUGGGCAGUUGUUCCUGACUGUGGCUGCAAUCCACACUACUUCGAGCGUCAUCACGGCAACUAUGUACGACCUGAUCUCUAAUGCGGAGUAUAUUCCGUUGCUCCGUGAGGAGAUCAUCCGGGUUCACAACGAGGACGGAGGCUGGGAGAAGACGAGCCUCUACAAGUUAAAGCUCAUGGACAGCUGUAUGAAGGAGAGUCAGCGUCUGAACAUCCUUGGCCCGAACAUGAUGAAUCGCUAUGCGGAAGACGAUGUCACACUCUCCGACGGCACCCUCAUCCGCAAGGGCUGUCACAUUACGAUCCCGACGCUCCAUAUGCGCGACAAGGAAAUCUUUGGAUCAAAUGCCGAUGACUUCGAUGGGUACAGGUUUCUGCGUAUGCGAGAGCUGCCUGGGCAGGAGAACAAGUGGCAAUUCGUAAGUACAAGUCCGGAGUUCCUGAGCUUUGGACACGGAAAGCACGCUUGUCCCGGUCGCUUCUUCGCCAGCAACGAGAUCAAGAUUGCGCUCAUCCACCUGCUGAUGAAGUACGACUGGGACAUUGUUGGGGAGAAGCCCAAGAGCGCGGCCAAGGCUCGGUUCGUACCGGACCCUGAGACGCUUGUGGCAUACCGGUCUAGGAUACCGGAGAUUGAUAUCUGA